AUGCAGCUGAUUCGUCGUAUGGAGUCAGCUGCUUCAAACCUCUAUAAAGAGAAGAAAAUUGGCGGUUUCUGUCAUCUGUACUCUGGCCAGGAAGCUUGUGCUGUUGGCAUAAAAGCAGCUAUGACAGAUGGUGAUGCUGUGAUUACUUCGUAUCGUUGCCACGGAUGGACAUUGUUACAUGGCGCCAGCGUAUCGCAAGUUCUCAGUGAACUGACUGGUAUGUUGUUUUGGGGGCCUCAAUUCUCGACAAUAAUUUUAAUUUCAUUCGAAGAUGUUACUGAAGAUCAAUGUAAUGGCUUCUCAAGUACUGUAGCACCAUUCUGA